AUGGUGCCCGAGAAGACCGGUGACUGGCGCCCCUUCGGCGAUUACCAUGCUCUCAACAAGGGCACUGUCUUGAAACGGUACCUAAUACCUUCUAUUGAGGACUCUAUGUCGCCACUGUGCGGCUGCACCAUUCUUAUCAAUGUCGACCUGCAGCUGCCUGGCUCUGAGGAGGAGUCAUCGCCGCCGGAACCACCGCACGCUGCGGCACGGGAUUACCUCCGCCGGCUCCUGGUGGAAGCGCCCGUGCUAAGCAGCUGGAUGCUGGCACUGCACCGGGGACUGUGCCGUCGCUCAUGGCUGCCAACUCGGUGCUGCAUUGGCGUGGACCUGUGCUGCGGACCGACGCUUCACCAAGCAGCGGUACUGAGCCGCUUCACGAGCAAGGUUUACCUGGCUGAUCCUGAGCCGGCCAACAGGGCAGCGCUGCGGUCGUGGCUUGAGCACGAACCAGACUGCCCGGACUACACACCUUUCCUCGCGCUAGCGGCAGCCGCCGAGGGACUCUCUGAAGACGAAGUGGGCGCCUCACUCGUCGAGUCUCGGCUGCGCGACGCCGUGCGGGGCGUGCUGCACUGCAACCUGGCUGGCGGAGCCACGGCCGACCAGCGCUGCCUGCUGCCGGUCAAAGCGGAUGUGGUGUUCCUGCUGACGCGUGUGCUCGAAGACCUGCAGCCAGGCGGGGCCAACCCAGGCGUUCACGUGGCGCCCUUGACUAGGGUGCGCCGGGUGCUGCGCAGUGGUGGACUGCUAGCUCUGGCCGGCAUCACCUCACCCACUCUAGGGUUCAAGGAGGCGCUGGAGGAUGCCCUCAUCACAGCAGGCUAUGGCAACCUGGCUUGGAGCACUACCGACUUUGAACGACCUGCCUGCCCAUCCACGCGGAGUUUUCUCGUGCUUUCCAAUGUCAUUUGGCCUGAAGAUGAGCGAUAAGGAACAACCGCCUGAUCGUGGUGGUAAAACGUUCCUGUGAUGACUCUGGUUGGCUAUAAAGGAAACCGUGAAGUAGCCUGGUGAAAUAAAAUUAUCUUAAAGAUAGCCCAGAGAAACGAGGUUCAUAAACUUAAUCCAUCUCUGCACAACCACUGUCACGAGUGCAAACAGUUCCUGUACCCGUGUGACAAAAUUUUG